CAGGAGGGGCUGGGGAUGAGCCGGGGCUGCAUUUGGAGUGGGGGCGCCACGCGGUUGCGAUUCUUGCUGGAGGUUGUGUGAGCUAUGGCUUGGCAAAAGAUGCUCUAUUCCUGCUGCCUCUUGACCGUGUGCCUCACUUACGUCCUGGCCAAGCCGCCCCCUGACAAGAAGGACCGUGUCCACCAUGGCCAGGACCUCAGUGACCACCUCCAUGAUGACCAACAGGAUUUCCAGUACGAUCACGAAGCCUUCUUGGGGAAAGAGGAGGCCAAGACGUUUGAUCAGCUGACUCCUGAAGAGAGCAAAGAGCGACUGGGGAAAAUCGUAGACCGGAUUGACCGGGAUGGGGAUGGCUUUGUGACUCAGCCCGAGUUGAAGGAUUGGAUCAAGCACACACAGAACCGCUACAUCUAUGAGAAUGUGGACAAGAACUGGAAAGAUUAUGACAAAAAUAAUGAUGGACACAUCGCCUGGGAGGAGUUCAAGAAUGCCACUUAUGGUUACUAUGAAGGUGAGGCAUUUGGCGAUCUUGAAAACAAAGAGACGUACAAGAAGAUGCUGGCUCGGGAUGAGCGGCGAUUCAAGGCAGCCGACAAAGACGGGGACAUGAUCGCUACAAGGGAAGAGUUCACGGCCUUCCUCCACCCUGAGGAGUUUGACUACAUGAAAGACGUGGUGGUGACGGAAACCAUCGAGGACAUAGACAAGAACGGGGAUGGCCUUGUAGGAGUGGAUGAAUAUCUUGGUGACAUGUAUUCUUCGGAAUCGGGAGAGCCAGAACCUGACUGGGUGAAGACUGAGCGCCAACAGUUCUUGGAUUUCCGGGACCUCAACAAAGACGGCAAAAUGGAUCGGGAGGAGAUAGGGCACUGGAUCCUGCCACCGGACUAUGACCAUGCCGAGGUGGAGUCAAAGCACCUGCUCUUUGAGUCGGACAAGGAUAAGGAUGACAAAAUAACCAAGCAGGAGGUUUUGGACAAUUGGAACAUGUUUGUGGGCAGCCAGGCCACCAAUUAUGGCGAAGAUUUGACAAAGGAACAUGAUGAGUUGUGAUCGGAGUGGAUUGGGGGAGGUUGUCAUAAGGACACCCUCCCUUAAUUGAGGGGGAGAGGACACUCCAAAAGGGAAUUGAUCGUCUUAUUUAUUGGUGGAAGGGCCUGUUAUCCGAAAAGCUACGGUAACUGACAUACCUGGGCAGUUGAAGGGAAACUGGCUGGUAGAAUUCUCUCUCGACAGUCGCCUUUCUGAUCCAUCCCGUUUGACCAUACACUCCCGUCUCCCCAAAGCACUGUGAAGCUUUCUGCACUAUCAAGUUCUCUGCACUCCAGGAGAGUUGGAGGAAAGGAGACUGUUUCCAAUGCAUCCUGUUUGCUUUUAAGGUUGCUUCCACACCAUGGUUUUACACCAGUUUGGCAUCCAAACUGGAGCUUGCUUGGGUUUUUUUGGUUUUCUGGAAAGACUAACCUUUGUACACCAUGUGGAUCGGAAAGUGCACAUUCUUGAUGGUCCAAACGACAUCACUGGCACUUCAGCCAUCCACAUGUCUAGAGGGCCUUUUU